AUGGCCUCUGAACAGACAUCCGGGACCAUCUUGACCUUUCACCACGACGGAAAAUUGCUCAAUCUGCAGACUCAAGUGGUCUCAAUACGGCCGUUUUCCGAUCUAGAGGAGCAGAACCGCGCCAUUUUCAAGGACGGUGGGGAUGACGACUAUGUCGUCGUAACCAAGGAGACCAUCUUCCACCCUCAGGGCGGUGGCCAGCCCUCAGAUGAGGGAUCAAUCACAUCUGUUGCGUCUCCUGCUGUCUCCAUCAACAUCAGGGCAGCACGCAUGGACGUUGUCAACGACGGGCUGGUGCUGCAUCUCGGCCGUUUCAAAGACUCAACAGCGACAACACUUCAGCCCGGCGAUGUUGUUGAGCAGUCCAUCGAUGCAGAGAAGCGCCUCCUCUACUCAAGACUGCAUACUGCCGGUCACGUCCUCGGAUCAGCAGUAAGACAUCUCCUGGAGAAGGAGAUUGAGGGCUUCGAUGAACUCAAAGCAUCUCAUUUCCCCGACAGCGCCGCCUGCGAGUUCCGUGGCCUCAUUGAGGGCAAAUGGAAGCAGCCGAUCCAGGAGCGCGUAGACGACUAUCUGCGCCGCGCAAUGCCUGUGGAGAUUGACUUCUGGACGGAAGACGAUUUCAAGAGAGAAGGCCUAGAGCGGUUGAUCCCGGACCGAAGCUUGUUGCCCCCAGGAGAGACCAAGUUCCGCGUUGUGCGCAUCGUAGGCGCUGAAGUGUAUCCCUGUGGCGGAACGCACGUCGACACGACUGAUCUGUGCGGCGCAACAACUGUGAAGAAGAUCGGAAGAAGUAAAGGUAUCAGCCGGGUCAGCUACACAGUCGCAUGA